AUGGGUAAUUUGGGAGACAGGAAUGCUAGAAUGCAUAAGAAGGUAAGCAAAUCUGGAAAAGAAAUAGUGAGUUUCGUUAGUAGCUACAUUUCAGGGUUAAACGAGAUUGAAAAAAGAAGCCCCAAAAUUUCUCCAACAGUUAGUAAGUGGAACAACCCACUUGACCAGUUCGUGAAGAUAAAUUUUGAUGUAGCAUAUGAUGGGAGACUUUGUCAAUCGACAGUGGGGAUUAUGGCUAGAAAUAGUAAAGGCAAUGUUCUGUUAUCAUGUGCAGAGAUCCAUCAACAAGUAGCAUCAGCCUUUGCUGCUGAGGCUCUUGUGUGCUACAAAGCAACCCAAAUCGGCACCGACAUGCAAUGGCCAAAGAUUAUCAUUGAAGGCGAUUCAUUAUCAAUAAUAAAAAAGUGCAAGGUGAAAAGUCCAGAUAAGUCACUGGUAGGUGCUUAUAUACAUGAUAUUCAACAGCUACUGUUAAAAUCUAGAAACUGUAGAUUUGAAUAUAUCCCACGAAUAGCAAAUAGUCUAGCACAUAUUUUAGCUAUUGAAACGUUGAAGAAGGAGUUUUACCUGGUAGGAAACGUCCCUGAAUAUGUAGAAAAGCAAACAGAAAGAGAUAGGAUGAGAGAACCAGACUAA